AUGGGGUUCGCCGGAGUGGCGUUUCAGCCGCGCGCGGCGGCGCUGGCGGAGCUGCAGCACUGCCCGCAGUUCCACGACGCCAUCCUGACGCUCCCCGACGCCGCCAUGUUCUCCGCGCCCGCAUGCCUCCUCUACGCGCGCAGCAAGUGGUUCCGCCGCGCGUGGGAGGACGCGCCGGGGAGCGGCUUUGGGAAAUGCGUGGAGAUCACGAUUCCGCCUGUACCUGGGGGAACGGAGGCGUUCGAGAGCAUUCUACAGUACUGUUACGGGCUGCCUGUUAACGCGGAUGCUACUAACGCGUUGCAGCUGCUGUGCUGCGCAGCGUUCUUCGAGAUGUGUGAGGGGAGCGAGGAGGAUUCGUUGCAGCGACAGGCGUGGAGGUACAUUAACGAGUAUGUUCUUAACGAGUGGGAGGACAGCCUGCGGCUGCUGGAGACAGUAGCGAGGGACGAGCUUGUAAUGAGGGAGGCUCUGAAGCUCGACCUCCCGCUGCACGCGUCAGCAUGUGUGGCAGGCACGUGCGCCGUCCCAUCCACCCUCACCCGCCCGCCUGCUCACUCCAUUCACCAUCUGAGCGCCAUGCUGUCGGGUCCCUUCGACAGCCCCACGCGCAUGGCGGCGCUGCACCACCUGCUGGCGCGCCUCGCCGCCCUGCCCGCGCCCGUGCUGUCAUGCGUGCUGCAGGCGUGCCAGCAGGCGGGUGUGAGCUUCGUGCGCAUCGGCAACUACCUCGCUGCCCACUCCCACUCCUGCCUCUUCCAACACAUCCCCUCCCUCGCUGCCGCUGCCGCUGCCACCUCUGCUGCUGCUGCUGCUGCUGGUUGGGAUGGCGAUGUUGCAGGAGAAAAAGAGGCAGCAGCAGCAGGAGCAGCAGGAGCAGCAGGGGCAGGGGCAGGGGCAGGGGCAGGGGCAGGAGGUGGCGAAGAAGCUUCAUCCGUUGGUCUUUCAAGCAGUGGUGGUGCAGAAAGGAGGGUGGCGAGCGGAGGGGGAGGGGGAUACAAGGUGGUGUGUGGGGAGGAGGCGGCAGAGGAGGCAGAGGAGAGGGAGGAGGUGGGGCGGGCGAUGCUGUUUGAGUAUGCGUGCAGUGAGGCGCUAGAGCACGCUGCGGCGAUGCAGGAGCUGCACCACCGUCCGCCAGCAGCAGCAGCAGCAGCAGCAGCAGUGGGUGGGGGAAGAGGAGGUGUGGGCGGAGAAGGUGACGCCUCUGCCCCGUUCCCUUCAGCUGCAUCGGCGUCUGCAGCGGCAGCGCAGCAGCAGCAGGCGUUGAGGCGGCAGCAGCAGGGGGGGCUGAGGUCCAGCACGCGCUACAUGCCAUCGGUGCAGUACCUGAUCGUGCUGCUCAAGCACUGUGUCACUCUACAGGAAGGUCUCGCACUCACGGAUGCUCACGGGCAGGGGCAGGGCGGUCAAGUGGGCGGUGUUGGUAAGACGAGAAGCUCAGCCUCGUUACAAGGGGACUCGAUACAAGGAAAUGAAGGGCCAAGACAUCCGGUGAACAGCAGGGGGGUUCAAAGGGCAUCGUUGGUGCAGCGGGUGGGAGGCAGGGGCGUGAGGGGGGGUGCGGGCGCUGUGUCCACGGGGCUGAGGGAAACCAAGAGCGACAGCGACGUGGCCUCCAGUGAGCGGGCGAGUGCGAGCAGGAAGGGCGAGGGCAUGGGGGAGAGCGUGCGGGUGGGCGUGGGGCGGCGCAAGGAGCUGCUGUUCACACGGCUGGCACACCGCCUGACGGCCAUGCCCACAGCGCUGUCCCUGGCGGACCUCGUCUUCCUGGGCCCCGCCACCAGCCUGCUGCUCCUCCACUCCCUCCGCGACGCCUCCCUCUCCCAUGCCAACCACCCCUCCAUCCCACCCCUGCCCCCCCAUGCUGGAGGCCCCCUGCCCCCGCUGCCAUCGCAACCACAGCCAGCGCCCACCGCCAGCACCGUUAAUGGCACUAGCACCAGCAUCACCAGCAGCAGCAGCAGCAGCCGGCGUAUGGCGGUGCGGGUGGUGGGGUCCCCUGCAGCAGCGCUGGGCGGCGAUCUGGUGUGCGACUACGUGCACUACCUGGCAGCGCGCAUGACGCACCAAUCACAGCACCACACGUGGCUGCCCUUCCUGCGCCUGUGCCCCGCGUGGCCGGGCCUGUCGAGCUUUCUGAUCGACCUCAUCACGCUGCUCAACCUGCUCUUCCCCGACGCCCGCCACCUCCCCCCCGUGCCCGAGCUGUGGAGCAUGGUGGACGUCAGCGCGCUGUCCGACGACAAGCUCGCCCUCGCCGGGAAGAUGUGCUGCGAGGGGGAGGGUCAGGGCGGAGAUGCGGGAGGGGAUGGUGGGGAGAGGGGUGGCAGCUGGGGAGGGGGGUGGGGUGGGAGAGGGAGGGAGCAAGGGAGGGGGUGGUGGAGCGAGGGGAGGGUGUUGGCGCAGCAGGUGGAGAGGGAGCAGCGGGCAAGGGGUGUGAGGGCCGAGGGGGAGAGGGGGCGGGAGGAGGAGAGGGGGAAAGAAGGGGGGAUGCGGGGGGAGGUGGAGAGGGAGCGGCGGGGGCGGCAGGAGAGGGCGCUGCAGCAGGCGGCGUUGGAGGUGGAGAGUGUGCGCGCCGCCAGCACCCGCCUCGCCCUGGAGACCGCGCAGGGCAGGGCGUCGGACGCGUGUCCAUGGGAGACGCUACAGCAGCGCGGGCUGGAGGCCGACAUGGUGGUGGACAUCGAUGGGGUCACAUGGCCACUGCACCGCCACGUGCUCCUCCCGCACUGCCCCCUCAUCCACUCCCUCCUCCCCGCCGCCACCGCUGCUGCCAGCGCCAGCGCGUGUGAGGGGGAGCAGGGCGUGAUGCCGCUGGCGCUGGCCACGGGGCUGCCCAUCGUGGCGCUCACCGGCUUCCCCGGGGGUCCGCGCUCCUUCUCCAUCAUCGCCCGCUGGUGCUACGGCUCGCGCCCCAACCUCUCGCCCAGCCAGGCCGCUGCUGUGCUCUUCGCUGCUCGCUUCCUCGGCAUGGAGGACCGCGGCAGUGAGGCGCUGAUACCGGUGGCGGUGCGCGCGGUGAAGGGCGGGCUGGCGGAGGGGUGGCAGGCGUGCUUUGACAUCCUGGAACGCUGCUACCACGACCGCGUGCUGGACGCGCUGGUCGUCGAGUUCAGCCUCAACCGCCACUUCGUUGACUCCGCUGCCAGUCAGUGCUGUGCCGCCCCUGGGGGCGCUGAAACUGCUCCUCCUCCCCUCUUCCGUGCUGGUCCUUCACCACACACCGCUUUCCAUUCCCCCUUGUCUACUUCUCCCAUCACUCAUCCCUGCCCUACUUCGCCUGCGACAGGCAGCCAUAUUAAAGCCGUAGUCCCACUCCCCCUUGUCCUCUCGCACCCCUCAUCUCACCCGCCACUCCCCCCUCCCUCCAUCCACUCUGCGCCAGGCGCAAUUCUGAAGCUGGAGUCGAAGCUGGUGGGGGACGGGCGGUGGGGCAAUGAUGACUGGGCGACGGUGAAUCGUCUCUUAGAGGGCAUGAGCAAGCUGCCCCCAGACAUCAGCCGCCGCGUGGUGCAGCAGCUCUGGGACCUGCGCCACUCCCACUGGGCCACCGUGUGCCCUGCACCCUGCUGUGAGGCGGGGGAGGAGCACGCGGGCAUCAAGGCGAUGGCGACGGUGGGGAGCUUCCUGCUGGGCAUCACUCUGUUGAGUAAGAUGGAGUGGCGCAGGCAGCACGACGACGAGGAGGAGAAGACGAGGAAGAAAGGCGGGCAGGGGUCAGCAGGUAGCAGCAGCAGCCCGAGCCACGCAGGCAACUCUCCAUGGGCCCAGGCACCGAGCAGCAGUGUGAGGAGCAGGGCACAGCCACCAUACGACAACAUCCUCUGGAUGCUGCGCGUGCUCAAGCUCUUCAUCUCGCCGCCCUUCGAUCGCCCCAUCCUGCUCGUGCUCAGCAACAACACGCCCCUCCUUGAAACCCACCACCUGCACUUCCUCGACCUCUCCUCCUGCCUCGCCCUCCUCACGCUCGUCUCCGCCGCCCCGCGCCAAGACUCCCACCUGGUGGCCACUGCUGAUCUCCUCGACGUCUACCUCGCAACGCAAGGCACCAAGCGCAACCCGCCGCUGAGCCCCGAGGAUUUCCGUGCGCUUGUGACGCGCCUGCCGCCCGAGGCGCGGCCGACGCACGACGGGUUGUUUGAGGCGGUGUGUGCGUUCGCCGAGGCGGACCUGCGGCCCGCCACGUGGAACCUGCUGGCCCUCGUGGACUGCGGGCGCCUCACCCCGCGCUGCCUGCGCCUCGCUGCGUCGGCCGCGGCGUCCAUGGAGUUUGGGCAGUCCGCUGUGGCGGGCUUCUGGCUGUUCCUCGUCUCGCUCUUGCGCGCUCUCAUGUAUGAAGGGUAG